AAUUGUUUGCUUAUUUGCAUAUUUAAAUUGUUAACUUAUUUGCAUAUUUCAGAAUGGUUUCAAAUGUCACAUGAUGUCAGAAUCCCACCAGCGACAGUUGUUGCUGUUUGCUGAAAAUCCUGAUGAAUAUGUAGACACAUUUUCUAAAGAUUUUAGAGAUGGUUACGUGGAGUUAUUGAGGCGAAGGUUUGGUACUAAGAGAGUACAGUGUAAUAUUGUAUAUCAGGAAUAUAUAGCUGAACGAGACCACACUCACAUGAACUCUACACAAUGGGAAACAUUGACAGAUUUUGUAAAGUGGCUCGGAAAAGAAGGAUUAUGUGAGGUAGAUUAUACAGAGAAAGGAUGGUUUGUCAAAUACAUAGAUAGAGAUCCAGAAACUAUACGUAAAAUGGAGCAAAAUAAAGUAAAAGAACGGAUGGACAUGGAUGAUAACGAGAGAAUGGCCAAGUUAAUACAGGAACAGGUAGAAAGAGGAGCAAAAACUGAGAAAAAUGUGAAGGAGUCAGAAUAUACAGAACUUAAAAGAGAAAGUGAAGAUGAAAAAGUGGUAGUCUCGCUUGGAGCAGCAAAAAAAGUAGAUGUUCCAAAGCCCCUUGCCGUAGAAAAUCCUUUCAAAAUGCCAUCUUCAAAAGAUAAACAUUCUGAUAAGCCUGGAACAAGCCAAAAAGAUAAAAUGCCCAAGUCUGGUGGAAAAAGGAAGUCAGCUCUUGAUGAAAUAAUGGAGUUUGAAGAGCAGAAAAAAGAAAAAGUGAAUAGAAAAGACUAUUGGUUACAUGAGGAUAUAGUAGUGAAAGUGAUUUCCAAAAAACUUGGUGAUAAAUAUUACAAGCAGAAAGCUUAUGUAAAGAGAGUUGAGGACUUAUAUGGAGCUAUCAUAAAAAUGUUGGACUCUGGGGACAAAGUCAAGGUAGAUCAAUCACAUCUAGAGACAGUCAUACCUGCUACAGGUAAAACAGUGAUGAUAGUAAAUGGUGCAUACAGAGGACAAACAGCUAGACUAGAGAAGAUUAAUGAGAAAAAAUUUAGUUGUACUUUAACACUCAGUUCAGGUCCAUUAAAAGGGAGGCAGUUGGAGAAUAUACCAUAUGAAGAUAUAUGUAAAAUUUACCAGCCAUCUUGAAAGAACACAACAUAUCAUCUAUGAAACAAUGUACUUCAGUAACCUUACAAAGUUGAUCUGACUCAUUCAGUAGAAUGGGAAAACUCUGCUGCUAUAGAACACAACGUUUGUCAGUUGUUUAUAACAUCAUCUUCAGUGUAAAUGAUAGCUUUAACUAUGUUCUCACAUGACAAGUAUGUUUUAUUUAUGUCAUGUUGGCAGAAGCAAAUUUUAUUUCAAAUUAUCUUGAUCAUAGAAUUUCUCUUAUGAAAUUUGGAUGAAAUCAAAAUCUAAUAUUUCAAACUUAUUAAAUCAUUAUUGUAUUAAAAUACAUGUAAAUGUUAAAAAAAAGUUGACUUAAAAAAAGGAAGAGCUUUUUAAGAAUACUCUUUAGUUUUAAGAUACUAUGUAUAUUUGUAUAUUCUCUGUUUUUAAACCAUUGCAGUUAUAUAUUCUUCUUAUUUAUCAGGAAAAUAUGUGAUUAUCAUUUGAUAGUUUUAUUUUGUUUC